AUGGUUGCUAUGAUCGAUACGGAGGAGGUCGAUGACUACACAGUGAUCUGCAAACAGAAAAACGCUCACAAUCGUGGAUUGGUCGGUAUAUGGGCGUUCAGAGCCGGUAAUGGACUUGUUGGACUUGUGACAGUCGGACAGGAUUCAGUGAAAUUGUGGAGAAUGGACGAGACUGUUAGUGGUGUCGUUACCCUCACGAGUAAAGUUGAGAUCCAAGAAUGGCGAACUGCUGUGCAAUCUGCUGAUGUCACUAACGACGGCAAAUGUAUUUGCCUUGUGACAAUUGACUCUAUGUUCUACGAGAUUAUACUCGGUGACGAAGGUCCAGUUGUAAUGACCCACGAUUUCGGUGUAAUGGAGGCAUGGCACGUACGAAUCGCAAAGACUAAAACAAACUACAUCACAACUGCGUUUUCUGGAUUUCUUAAGGAAAUCGACUUGAAUGGGAAGGUCUCCCGGCAGGAGCCUUUUCAGUAUGCUAAAUCUGUUGGCGCAUUAUCAUUCGGAAACGGCAGUAAACGUCUUGCGAUUUCGACAUUCGAAGGAGUUCUACACAUAAUUGAUGCGAAAACGUUGAAAUCUGAGACAACUAUAGAAGCUCACUCUAAACGAAUUCGAGCUUUGGCUUUCCUUCCCGGUGAAGACGACAUACUAACUGGUUCCGAUGACAAAACAAUCAAGCUGCAUUCUGUGAGCGGCGAAAGGCCGAAAGUUGAACGAGUAUAUUGCGGUCACCGAAGUCCGGUGUUAUCACUUGCAAUAGAUGAACGUGCGGAUGGAACUCGAUUUGCGAGCAGCAGCCUUGAUGGGCAGAUCUUACUCUGGCAUAUCGAGCAACCUUCUGCCCUUCAACAUCUGCCUAGUCCUCAUGCUUCGGCUGUAACAACGGUGGUGUUCCUUCCUACUGGACGACAUCUAGUUUCGGGUGGCGAAGAUGGCGUGGUGGCUUGUUACCGGAUACCUCAGGCAGGCAUGUUGUCGCCUGGAAAUAUUGACCAGGAUAAUGACAAUAUUGGUUAUCUGGACCAGCAGGAUGAAAUUGAACCAACUGAUAUCGAUCAGGCGAUUCAUUAUGAUAGAUAA